UUUGACACCUCUAUCACAUACAGAAAGCGAAAAAACUAAAUAAACAGAGAUUUUAACAGAGAAUUAAAUUUAAAAGUUUCGGAAUUGAACAAGUUCGCAAGUCACACCAGCCUACGUUGAUGCCCGCAGCGCAGCUCCAGCGAAAAUCCCAAUCGCAGCGCGGCACGAGAAAGCAAACGGAAUAAACAUUUGCUCAGUGGAAGGGGCAGGAGAAGGGGAAGCCACGGCAGACACAAGGCCCACACGGACACAAAAUGGCCACCAGCGAGAUAUCCAGCUCCAACGAGCGACACUACUACGCCAAGCUAGAAGCCAUCAAGGACAUACGGGACAAGACGCUGUCCCUUGAGAAACUUAAGGUGCGCAUCAUCAAGGAGGUGAAGCUGAGCGACGACGAGGAGAAGUGUCUGGAGGAGUACCGCAAGGAAAUGGAGCACCUGCUCGAGGAGAAGAUGUCGCACGUGGAGGAGCUGCGCCAGAUCCACGCGGACAUCAACGACAUGGAGAACAUCAUCAAGCAGACAAAGGAAAACCAGACGCGAUCCUUCGACAUGGCCAAUCGCGUCUACGAGGAGUACUUGGCCCUCAAGUACCAAAUCGAUCACAUGCGCCGUGACUAUCUCGGCCUGAGUCCGCUGCGCGACCUGCACGAGGAGGAGGGCAGCCCCAUAUCGAAGGAUCGAUUCCAGACAAACUUCCUCAAGGUGGCCGCCCAGUCGGCGGCUGCCGCCGCAGCAGCAGCAGCAGCUUCGGUCGCGCAGCCAACAUCCCUGGCUCGCCCACACGCUCGUCAUCCCCUGAUGCCCGAGGCCACGGUCACCGCCAUGCCCCCCAGUGCAUCGUCUGGUGGCGGCGGCAGCAGCUCGGUGAACGCAGGCGGCGGUGGUGGUGGCGGUGGACCAGGGCACGCCUUUAUGCCACCAGCCCCGCCUGGAGCAGGCAGCGCUGGGGCUGCAGCAGCUGCCGCCGCGGCCGCUGUGCGUCUGGGCAAAAGCGAUUUCUCGGCUCCGCCACCUCCACCUCCGCCAACAAAUCGUCUUCAGCAAACACCGUCGAUUGGAAUCGGCCACCAUCCGUCGUUCCGUUCGGACUUCAACGUGAAUCUCCGCCAGCAGCCGCCACCGAUGAAGUCGUGCCUGUCGUGCCAUCAGCAAAUCCAUCGAAAUGCCCCCAUCUGCCCGCUCUGCAAGGCCAAGUCGCGCUCCCGCAAUCCCAAGAAGCCCAAGAAGAAGAACAACUAGAGGUGCAGGUCCACGUCCACCGGCAGGAACAUCUACAAUUACACUCAUCAAUCUAUUCGUCAUGAUUUCCCGGCCCGGCACAGGUCCAGGAACCUUAGGACUAGACGUUUUUUUUGUCAACUAUUUAUUAACCCAAUCAAAGUAUUAUUACAAAGCAAAUGCCACAGCAGCAAAAUAACAGCAAAAAUUCUCAAACAAAAAACUGUAAUUGCUAAGAGCUUUUGAAGAGUGUUUUUGCUCAAAUUCAAUUUUCGAUUGUAAGUUAAAUCUAAUUUAAAGACUUUUAACCCUACUACGACUACUUUUCACGUGUAUAUCAAACGUACAUCAAAUACGGAUGACCAUCCCAUCCAGGGUCAAAAGCAAAUCUCGUGUCAAAUUUCAUGAAAUUAAUUUGUAAGCGUGUAAGCAUUAAUAUACUUAAUAUGCAUGUGCAUAUAGGCACUUUGAGAACAAAAAUAAAGAUAAUAAAACUAAAGUGAAU